UAUUUCAGCUCUCUUUUCCCACAAAAAAACACACACUAAAAAAUGGGAAAAACUGAUAAUUUGGAGAGGUUUUCGAGCUGCAGAGGCGUAGCUUUUGAAAUAAAACCCCAUUCCGACCUCUUCGCCAUCCCGGCCCCGCCUGCUAACACUCCUCGCAACGGCAGCAGCCGCCGAUCCUGGGCCCGAUGGGGCAGCUUCGCCCGAAUCGUCCCAUCCUCCGACCUCUUGGACCGUUCCAUGAGCCGCACCAGCAGCCAUUUCUGCGACCUCGACGACGACGAAGACGAUGCCGAUCAAACCCUCGCCGACAUUGAAGAAGGCCACGAAGAAGGCAAACACGACCACCACCCUCCCCCUCCUCCACCACCUCAAUCCGCCGCCAAGAAGAAACCCCCUCCGUCGCGGCUCUCCAUCAUCCUCCUCGAUCAAGGCCUCUUCACCGUCUACAAGCGCCUCUUCGCAGUCUGCCUCGCGCUGAACACCACCGCGCUAGUCCUCGCCGCCGCUGGCGAAUUCCCCUACGCCAGAGACCGCGCCGCGCUCUUCUCCAUCGCGAAUAUCUUCGCGCUGGUCCUCUGCCGGAGCGAGGCGGCUCUGAGGGUCGUUUUCUGGCUUGCGGUGAAUGUUCUGGGCUAUUCAUGGGUCCCACUUGGUCUCAAAACUAUGACGACCGCUUUGCUUCAAUCCCUCGGCGGAAUCCACAGCGGCUGUGGGAUUUCCUCCGUCGCGUGGCUUGUCUACGCAUUAGUCCUCACUCUCCACGACAGAGACAACACUACACCCGAAAUCAUCGCUGUUGCAGCCGUGAUCCUUGGCCUUCUCUGCCUCUCCUCCUUAGCAGCGUUCCCUCUCGUCCGCCACCUCCACCACAACGUCUUCGAGCGGACCCACCGCUUCGCCGGCUGGACUGCGCUAGGCCUCCUCUGGGCCUUCAUCACCCUCACCAUUUCAUACGACCCCUCAACAAAAACCUACACCCAUAAUCUCGGCUCCAAGCUAGCAAAAACCCAAGAAUUCUGGUUCACGACCGGAAUCACCGCCUUAAUCAUCAUCCCGUGGCUCACCGUGAGGCGGGUCCCGGUCCGCGUCUCGUCUCCAUCCGGCCACGCCGCGAUCAUAAAAUUCGACGGAGGUGUCAAAGCCGGAAUCCUCGGCAGGAUCAGCCCGUCGCCAUUCUCUGAAUGGCACGCGUUCGGGAUCAUCUCGGACAACAAGACGGAGCACAUGAUGCUCGCAGGAGCUGUGGGAGACUUCACGAAAUCUCUGGUGUCAAACCCGCCGAGGCAUCUCUGGGUGAGGCAGGUGCACUUUGCGGGUCUUCCGUACUUGACCAACAUGUACGGGCGGGUCCUUCUGGUGGCGACCGGGUCGGGUAUAUGCGUGUUUUUGUCGUUUCUGCUGCAGCCGUGCAAGGCCGACGUGUGCUUGCUUUGGGUGACCAAAGGGGUGGAGCAGAAUUUUGGGAAAGAGAUUAAGGAGUGGAUGAGCGGGCACCCGAAGGAGAAGGUGAUCGUUCACGACACCGCGGUGCUGGGCCGGCCCAACGUGUCGGAGAUGAGCGUGGAUGCGGCGAAGAGGUUUGGGGCGGAGGUGGUGAUUGUGACGAGUAAUCCGGAGGGGAGUAGGGAUGUGGUUGAUGCAUGCAAGGCUAAUGGGAUUGCUGCUUUUGGACCUAUUUGGGAUUCUUAACUUGUUCUCUUCAUUUUUACUAUAUGGUUAUUUAAGUGUAACUAUGCAUAUGUUUGUUUAUUGUAUGUGUCUUUGUAGAUGAGGAUGUCAAAAUUAAGUUUUCUAUGUGUUUCCAAAGUAUCGGAUGUGUCGGUUGAAUCCUAAGAAGUUGGGAUAUGUACUAGUAGUAGUUAAUCAUGAUUGAUGUACUACUCUCAUUGUGUAAAACUACUACUUAACUUUGUUGAUCA